CAGCAUAUUAAAAUACCGACGAGAGUUACCCCAAUAACAUCUAGUUUGAUUGAUGUUAUCUUUACCUAUAUGGAGGAUAUUAAAACAUUAGAAACAGGAGUCAUACCGCUUGGGAUCAGUGACCACAAUCUUGUAUAUAUAUGCCGCAAGAUUAGUUUCCCAAAAGAAUUACCUAAAAUUGUCCUAUCUAGGCAGUACAAGAGAUACAAUGUGAACGCGUUCAAUCGUGAUUUGAAUGAAAUUUUUAAUUCGUAUCCGAAUGCUUCAAACGAUCCGAAUGAACUUUGGAGUGAUUUUAAAAUCAAAAUUCUUACUAUCGCGGACAAACAUGCGCCAAUUAAACAAAGGCGUGUGAAAAGUGAAUUUAAACCGUGGAUUACUAGCGAAAUUAGACGACUGAGUUAUCACAGAGAUUAUUUAAAAAGGCAAGCCAUCCGAUUGCGAUCUGUCUACUAUGAAACGGCCUACAAAAAAUGUAUAAACUAA